CCUCCUGUUGGGCUUCCAGUGUGACAGCGGCGGCUGAAGCACCCACAGCCCGAGCCCGCGGUGAGGAGAAGGGGGCGGCGGCUCCGCGGGGAGGAAGUCCAGCACUAGGAGGAAGCCGCGGCGGCUGACGGGCACGGGCUGACGGGCGCACGCUGCGUCCUCGAGGAGAGCGAAAGCGGCGGUCCGAGCGAGGCCCCGGCCCGCGUGCGAGGACGAGCCGCUGGCCGGCGCCUGGGCCCGUGCUGCGGGUGAGGAACCGCCCCCUGCGCGCCGGGAGGAGCGGCGUGUGAGCGCCUCGGCCUCGGCCCCGGCCCCGGCCCGCCCGAGCGUGCGGAGCCGCCGCCCCUGCGGCCCGGCCCCGACUCCGCUCUCGGCCGCGUGUGAGGGAGGCAGGCAGGCCAGCGGCCCCCACUCCCGCGCCCGCCAUGAGCCACAUCGAGAUCCCGCCCGGGCUUACGGAGCUCCUGCAGGGCUACACAGUGGAGGUGCUGAGGAACCGCCCCGAUGACCUGGUGGACUUUGCCGUGGACUAUUUCAGCCGCCUCAAGAACAGCCGUAACCUCGGCAUAGACGGCGGGAAGAGCGAGGAGAAAGACAACGAGGACGAGGAGGACGAAGAUUUUGAACCACCAGUUAUUAACAGAUACUGUAGAAGAGUAUCAGUAUGUGCUGAAUCUUUCAAUCCUGAUGAAGAAGAUGAUACAGAGCCAAAGGUGGUUCAUCCCAAGUCUGAUGAACAAAGAUCCAGACUUCAGGAAGCUUGCAAAGAUAUCAUUCUCUUCAAAAAUCUCGAUCAGGAACAGUUGUCUGAGGUCCUUGAUGCCAUGUUUGAGAGGACUGUGGUGUCUGAAGAACAUGUCAUUGACCAGGGGGAUGAUGGUGAUAACUUUUAUGUCAUCGAACGAGGCUCAUAUGAUAUUUUGGUAACAAAAGAUAAUCAAACGAACCGUGUUGGCCUGUAUGAUAAUCGUGGCAGUUUUGGAGAACUUGCUUUGAUGUACAAUACUCCAAGAGCUGCAACCAUAGUUGCCACAACAGAAGGUUCAUUGUGGGGCCUGGACCGAAUAACAUUCAGAAGAAUCAUAUUGAAAAACAAUGCAAAGAAGAGGAAAAUGUUUGAAUCGUUUAUUGAAUCUGUGCCCCUACUGAAAUCCCUAGAGGCUUCAGAGAGAAUGAAGAUUGUGGAUGUAAUAGGUGAGAAGAACUAUAAAGAUGGAGAACGAAUUAUUGCUCAGGGUGAGAAAGCAGAGAGCUUUUUUAUUGUGGAGUCUGGAGAAGUGAAAAUCCUGAUUAAAAGCAAGACAAAUAAGGACACAGAGGAUGAAGUGGAAAUUGCCCGAUGUCAAAAAGGGCAGUAUUUUGGAGAGCUUGCUCUUGUCACCAAUAAACCCAGAGCAGCUUCUGCUUAUGCAGUUGGAGAUGUCAAAUGCUUAGUUAUGGAUGUCCAAGCAUUUGAGAGGUUGCUCGGACCCUGCAUGGACAUUAUGAAGAGGAAUAUUACCAAUUAUCAAGAGCAACUGGUGAAAAUGUUUGGUUCAAGCAUGGACCUAACUGACCCAGGAAUUUAGGCACAGCAUCUCCCUUCUCCCCCGUGCCUUCUCAUUUUGACACAGAAACUCCUCCUGUCAACAACACAACACAUAAGGAAAACAGACACUACAGAACAGUUCCUGCCGUUGCUGCUGCUGCUGUCGUUUUGGGCAUUUAGAAAACAUGUCUCAGCAUAUUUGGAUGGGUAAAGGCUGAAUCUGUGCCUCCACUUUGCUGCUGAAAUUCCACUUAUUAGACUUAAUUUCAUGUUUCUAACCCAUUUUUCACAUCUUUGGUUCAGAAUGGCAUGUCUCUCCAGCAAUUUAAGUGCCUGAUACAAAGUCCAAAGUGUAAAAUCCUCUUUUUUUCCUCUUGCUGCUGCUACUGCUCUUGGCUAUUCUUUUUUUUUUUUUUUUUUUUUUUUUCCAACAAAGAUGCAGAAACUGGUUCUGUCCCCAUCUUCCCAGGGAGAAAAGAUUUACAGCCUCUGAUCUCUUCCUUUGUCGUUACCUCUGAGAAUGUCAAAAAUCUGCUCUGAAUUGUAGCUUUUAGAUUUGAAAUUUUAAAUCACCUGGAUAUUUAAAAGUAACUCUCUUUAGAGCAUUAUGGUACUGUGAUUUUUGUGCUAUCUACUGAAAGCUACACGUUACAGGUGAUUCCAAGGCAUUUGGAGAUUCUUUGAAGAGAGUACGAUGCUGAAACAUUGGUCAUAGUCAUAGGUCAUUCAUCAGUAAAUCCCGUCUUAAAGGAAGAAAGGAAGAAAAAGGGAGAAUCUGAGAGUUUGUUCUUUCAGCCUCCUAUGGAUGACAGAGAGCCAAUUAAAAAUAAAAAUUUCUCUGUGUUGUUAGUAUGACUAAAUUGUCGUCCAUUUAGAAUAAGUGGUCUGGAGAUGUUAUAGCUUUAACUUGCUAAAAAGAAAACAAACAAACUUCUCUAUUAAGCUGCUGUCACCUUUUUUCUUUCCAGUUGUCUACAUCAGUAGGUGGCAGUAAUAUUGCUGAGAAGUUGACCUGUUCCUCCUGUAAAAAGAGUCCUUUCUAAUGCUCAGAUAUUACCACAUAGUUUUGCUGUUGAAUGAUCAGUUUUAAAACUCUUUUUAAAGAGGAAAAAGUUAUUUUUUGUAACUUAAAAAUUAAAAAAAUAUAUUUCUAGACUCAAGGGAGUUCCCCUCAAUUGUAUUCUUUUACAGUGUUUUCUCACUCAACUAGACAUUCCCAGAUGUCAACUAUAUUUGUUAAAGUUUUCAAAAAGUUGACAACAUUUACUAUUUCAAGGAAUUUUUUUAAAAGGCUUUGUAAUUGGGGAGUUCAGGAUGUUUGGUGUUCUAUUUUUCUUAUUUGGGAAGUAAUUUAGUUUGUGUUUGAAAAGAGACACCUCUUUAACAUUUAAUAUAUAUCAAGUACAAUUUUGAGUUCCCUUGAUUGCUUGACAUGCUUUGCAGUAAGAUUUUUUUUUUCCAUCAGAAUAAUUAAGAAUCCAUCUUAAGGGGAUCACAGAAGCAGCACAAAAAUUACAUAAAGAUUAUUAAAUUUAUAGCAAAGUAAUAGUAGAUCUAGAGGCUCUUCCCAUUUUCCAGUUUCUUUCGAGUUGUGUGACUCACUGGGACCUGCCCAAGUGAUUAUGUGUCUGGGGUUGUAUAAUUCUCAUUGUGGAUGAUGAUGCUAAUAGAACUGACCUAAUUAUUUACCUUUUAUCACCAGGUGAGCUAGUGCUCUGCCAUGGGCAUAUGGCCAGUAUGGCCAACACUUGUGAAAAGCAUGACAGCAUGUAGUUACCUCCCUUCUCCCCUGCGCGACACAUACACACACAUAUGACAAACUUUCAGGCAGCAGCAACCCUAAUUCAUUCGUCAUAAGGGAUUUUCUGUUUGUUUUGUUCACAUGAAUUGAAAACAGAUUGAAUCUUUACUAAGAGCACUGUGUGAGCUCACAGUAUGUUUCUCAGAAUUGUGGUCUGAUUUAUGAUUCAUGCUGGUGAAACAGGGAUAUAGCACUAUUCAAAAACAUUUCAUGUUUUGAUAUUUUUCUGACUCCAUUCUUUUCUGCAGUGUCUGUUUUGGAUCAGAUAAAUCCACAAAGCAAACAUUAAUAUUUCCAAGGCUUUGUGCCUUUUUCCUAAUUUUUGGAUCUUAAAUUUUGAAUGGCAUGAAUAGUAAUAGUUCUUUGCCACAGGUAAUUGGGAUUUUGAGCUAUUUAAGUAAAUGAACUUGGUCUUUUAAAAGUAAUAGAAGGUGCUGUAAGAGUCUCAUAUGUCUGUACACACAUAUGUGUAUACAUAAAUGUACACACACACGUGUGUGUGUGUGUGUGUGUGUGUAUGUGUAUCGUCAGAGCAGCCCUAACAAAUUGAUUUCCAAAAUAAAAGCCAAAAUGAGAUGCGGUUUAUUAACCAUGCAUCUGCAUCACUUAGAUUAUCUAACAAACUGCAUGCUAGGAAUAGAUAUGGAUUAUGUCAAGAAGUUUUAGGCCUUUUGUUCAUAGUCUAAUCAAUUCUACAAGAUCUCUUCCCAUUAUUCCAGUCUUACUCAUAGUUGUGCCAUAUGGCUGAGGAACCCAACAGGUUUCAAGCCUUUUUUGUUGGGCUCAUUUAUUCUAGUUAAAAAUGACAUAUGGCUCAGAAGACGAGCUCCUUUUUUUUUUUUUUUUUUUUUUUUUUAAACAGACAAUUGUGGGCCUAUAGUUGAGCUUUGAGGGUGAGGAAAUGAGGAUGUACAUAACAAAGUGUAGGGAAAGAGUAGCAGCCAAACUGGAUUUUUAAAAAUAUGGGGCUCUGAAGAUGUACCUUUUGCAGUGGGGAUAAGUAAAGCUAAAAAAAAUCAAGCUCUUUUGUUUUCUUAACCACCCAGGUACCUCAAAAUGAUAGUAACACUUCUGAAGAGUCCAUGGUAUCUCCUCUGUUCAUGGGGCUGCAAGUAAUCAUAUGGAACAAAAGAAAGCUCCACCUUAGCCAGUUCUUAUUAGUCCCUUUAUAUUAUAUUCUCCCUUGGGAGAAGACAGAUUCAAGCAAUCCUUUCCAAAUCUUGCCAUUUCCUUUGUUAUGAGGGGAGAAGGAGCUUAAUAACUUUGAAAUGUGGUUAGCAGUAUUGAUAUACAUCUUAUUCCAAUGACUUUAACUCUUCUUUUUAAUCUCUGAAGGAUAAAUUUGUGUGGUUUUAUUUUCUGGAUUAAUGUAGCUAUAUGUUCUGUUUAAAAAAAAAAAAAGCAACACACAAACAACUGCUGUGGAUCCUCAGAGAUGAUUGUGAAGAGAGUUCUGCAUUUGAACAUGUUAAUAAAAGAACUCAACAGCAAAAACAGGCAAGAGACAGUGUUCUUGAGACUAAGAGAAAUAAUUUGUCCUUCUGAUGCUCUGCUUGUGAUUCUUGUGAAGUCAGUGAGAAGAGCUUUUCUUGGUCAGCAGCGUCCUGGCUUAUGACAUUUCUGUUUGAUAUCCCACCCCAGACUUUUCGUAAUGUAUAAAAAAAAAAAAAAAAAUGAAUCCCUUCCCUUUCUCUCUCUCUUUUUUAAAGCGCAUUCUGUCCUGAGAAAAAGGAAAAAAAAACCUUUGAAGUGACAUCCUUCAUACUUUGUUUUCAGUUAGUUGAUGUUGUAAUUUUUGUUCUUAAAUUGUAUUUGUAACCAACCUUGCCAAAAUAUAAAUUGUUUUGGUUUUUUUCACUCCACUUACCUAUUGUUGUUCUUGCAGUUAUUACUGCUGAUGGUCUUCAGUCAAUCAGUCAGCUGUUGCACAAACAGAAAAUCUUCCUGUUUGUUUUAAUACCCUACAGGACUGUCUGUACUAUGAAGAUAGAAGAGGAUAAUUUCACUAACCUCAUGGAAGACUUCCUAAAUCCAUGUAGCCAAAUUUUGGCUAAAAAUGGGUAAUUAGGGUUUCUUCCUCCAUUCACAGUAACAACAACAACAACAACAAAAAAAAAAAAAAAAAAA